GUCCCUAACUCUGAAGAGCCAAACAAUUGAAAAAAUCCUUAACUUUCUGGGGCUGAACAACCAAGAGAAAUUCAAGGAUAUGUGAGAAGACAGAUGCUAUCUUGGCCAUCAUUGUCAGGAAAGAGGCAAGGGGCAGAUGGCAGCAGACCGGGACAUACAAUGAAGUGUACCACAGGGGUCAAGGUAUACAUCUAAGCAAAACAACAACCCAAGAUCAUGGCACAUGACUACGGAACAGCAAAUGUUGAUCAGGGAACACAGCCAGCUGACUUGUUCUUAUGUGAACGGGAGCCAGAAAAACCGGAGAGCUCCAAACAAAGCUUCUGCACGGACAGAGCACGGGAGAAAAUGGAACUACAUUUUGAGGUGCUGCGGAGUUCAACCACUACAGAAGAUAACACUUUGAGACGAUCCAGCAGCGCCCCUUUGAUCAGUGGCUUUGGUGAUAAUUCACAAGUGUUACAAUCUGAUUCAAUAAGAACUCGAAGAAACAGUGCAACAUGUAUAAUACAACACAGUCUGUUUGCGCCAUCUUCUCCCAGUCAUGCUUCUGUCAGUCAGCCUCCAUCAAAUCAAACAGGAAGAAAGCAUGAGUUUAAUGAAUAGAGAAGCAAUGCAUGAAUGAGUAACAAUGAGGUAGAGAAACCAUCUCCUGCAAACUGCACUGAUUUAAUUCCAGCAUCUGCAGCAGCUUCUCUCACCAAGGUAA